AAAAGUGAUUUGUCAAAAUCCGCGAUGCUUUUGGAAAACUCGUGAAGCCCCAAAUACCUGAAAGAAGUGUACCGUGUCAUCAGACUCCUGCUUAUUUUUGGUUCGUUUUCAGCCUGGUCAAUAUAAAAGUUUUAUGUUUUUGUAGUGCCGAGUGUUUUUUUUGUACUUUUUACAUUUUUUCUUGGACACAUCCUCAACUUGAGAAGUAGCCGAGAUUACGAAGCUAAACCAUGCGCGAGGUGCUCUCCAUAAAUAUCGGCCAAGCAGGAUGUCAAAUCGGUAACGCAUGCUGGCAGUUAUUCACGCUCGAGCACGGCAUCCAGGUGGACGGUACCGUUAGUGAGAAAGUUCUAAUGGACGAAAAUAUGGAGGCGUUUUUUCAUAAGACGGACUCCGCAAAGGUGGUUCCACGUAACAUUUUCAUCGACCUGGAAGAAUCGGUCAUUGCGGAUGUUAAGAAUGGACCGUACAAGUACCUGUACCAUCCACUGUACAUGAUCAUGGGUAAAGAAGACGCUGCCAAUAACUACGCGAGAGGGCAUUACACGGUGGGCAAACAAAUUAUCGAGCACGUGUGCAAUUCAAUCCAGAAGUUGGCUGAGCAAUGUGAUGGGCUGCAAGGAUUUCUAGUGUUUCACUCGUUUGGUGGGGGCACGGGUUCAGGUUUUACAUCGCUGUUGAUGCAACGGCUAGCAACGGAAUACGGCAAAAAAUGUAAGCUGGAAUUCGCUGUUUACCCGUCACCUAAAAUUUCAACGGCUGUCGUAGAACCAUACAACUGCGUCCUAUCAACAAGUACGACCAUGCAGAACUCUGAUUGUUGUUUUGUUAUGGACAAUGAGGCUACCUACGAUAUUUGCACUAACAAUCUCCAAAUCGGAAGACCAGACUAUGCCCACUUGAAUGCCUUGGUGGCACAGGUCGUAUCAUCAGCUACCGCGUCGCUUCGCUUCAAGGGAACAAUGAAUGUCGACCUCAAUGAAUUUCAAACUAACUUAGUGCCAUAUCCAAGGGUUCAUUACCCGUUGGUAUCGUAUGCCCCACUUCUAUCCGCGUCGAAGGCAUCCCAUGAAUUUUCAUCAAUUGGAGACAUCACGAAUGCUUGCUUCGAACCGAGCAAUAUGAUGGUGAAAUGCGAUCCACGCCACGGCAAAUAUAUGGCCUGCUGUAUGUUGUACCGUGGGGACGUAGUUCCGAAGGAUAUCAACAGUGCUAUUGCGGCGAUCAAGAGCAAGCGUCACAUCACAUUUGUGGAUUGGUGCCCGACGGGGUUCAAGAUUGGUAUUAAUCAGCAAGCUCCAUCGGUGCUGCCAGGGAGCGCCUUGGAAAGACCUAAGCGAGCUGUUUGUAUGCUUUCCAAUACGACCGCAAUUUCGGAUGCAUGGGCUCGGGUUAAUAAGCAGUUCGAUUUGAUGUACAAGAAGCGUGCUUUCGUUCACUGGUUUGUCGGAGAAGGUAUGGAGGAGGGCGAGUUUAGCGAAGCAAGAGAAGAUCUCGCGGUGCUGGAGAGGGAUUACGAGGAAGUUGCUGGCGACACGCAGGAUGCCGAGGAUGUCGGUUCGGAUUAUGAAUUUUAAAGGCGUUACUCUAUGUUUUCAUUAUGAAAAAUGUAUAUUUUCCAUACACUGGAAGCUUUCUCUAUGUUGCAAUUUGUCGAUACAGUAAAAGAGUGUACAGUGUUCAACGUUUCUAGUGUCAAUGGAUAUAACAUUGUGCUGUCAACAAGAAUUCCUGGAAAAUAUAGAAGUUCGUCGUUGCAACUUA